GGGUCUGGCCUGAACAGCGCAAAGUUCCCGUGUUUGGACAGGCUCAGGGGCUGCCCCCGGGGAGCGCGGGGCUGGGCGCGGGGGCGAGCGGGCAACGGACAAACGGACACGGGGACAAACGGCCCCGGAGCUUCAGUUGCAGCGGCAGCAGCGGCAGCAGCAGCAGCAGCAGCAGACAGAGCAGCGAAAGCAGCAACUUUGUGGAGUCCCUCUUGCUCCUCCUCUCCCUCUCCCGCUGUCCCGCAGCCUCUCCCGCUCUCCCGUUCCCGCUGUCCCCUCCUCUCUCGGUCUCUCUCUCCCCAUGCCCGGCCGGGCCAUGCCCCCGGCCCGCCCCCGGCCCCGGGCGGGGCUGUCCCGUCCCCGGCCCCGGCCGUCCCGCCGCCGUCUCGCCCCCGCCCGGCUCUGGCCGUGCUGGCGCUGGCGCUGCUGGGCGGGCAUCAGUGCCUGGGGCUGGGGCGGCAUCGCCUCCCUUUGGCUCCGCCUGGCCCGAGCCCGGCCCCGGCCCCGGCCCCGGCCCCGGCCCCGGCCCCGGCCCCGGCGCCGGCUCCUCCCGGGCCCCGCGGAGGACACAGGCGGCGCGGCCGCUGCCGUCGCCUCCGCUGCGGCUUCCCCGGCCCGAGCUCCGCCGCUCGGCAGCGCGGCCGCCGGCCCCGAGCCGCCGCUGUCCCGUUGCCAGGAGCGAACGCCUGGGGAUGGCCGGCCCGGGGCGCUUGAGGGGCGCUCGGGGGCCGCUCCUGGCCCCGGGCCGAGCGCUGACAGCCGCGUCCCGCCGGCAGGGAAGGCGCAGCAGGGCCUGAAGGAGCAGUACCGGCUGGGUUCGCUGCUGGGCCGCGGCGGCUUCGGCAGCGUCUUCGCGGCCACGCGGCUCUCGGACGGCGCCCCGGUGGCCAUCAAAAGGGUGCCACAGAACCGCGUCCUGCACUGGGGCGAGCUGCCCGACGGCACCAGCGCACCCCUGGAGGUGGUGCUGCUGGCCAAGGUGUCCACUGGCUUCCCCGGUGUCGUCCAGCUGCUGGAGUGGCUUGAGCUCCCCAACGACAUCUUGAUGGUGCUGGAGCGCCCAAAGCGGUCUCAGGACCUGCGCCAUUUCAUUCGGGCACGGGGGUUCCUGUCCGAGGAGGUGGCACGGGAGCUGUUCCGCCAGGUGCUGGAGGCCGUGCGGCACUGCACCAGCUGCGGGGUCCUCCACAGGGACAUCAAACCAGGGAACAUCCUGGUUGACCUGGCCACUGGGGAGGCUAAAUUGAUCGACUUUGGCUGUGGCACCUACCUGCAAGACACAGCCUACACUCACUUUGCAGGAACACGGUCAUACAGCCCCCCGGAAUGGAUGCAUUUUGGCUGGUACUACGGCAAGCCAGCUACUGUCUGGUCCCUGGGCAUCGUGCUGCACCAGAUGGUCUGCGGGGAGCACCCUUUCAGGGGCUGCCAGAACAUCAGCUGGGACCAUCAGCUCUCGCUGCCACAACGGCUCUCUCAAGAGUGCCAAGAUCUGAUCAGGAGGUGUUUAUCCAUGCUGGACAUGGAAAGGCCUUCCUUAGAAGAGCUGUUGUGUGAUCCCUGGAUGCAGGAAGUUCAUCUGCCCUAGAAGAAGGGAGAGAGCCACAGGCACACUUUGAUGCAAGGCCCUGCUGGGGCCCUGGGCAGAACCCUGACAGCCUGGUCUCAGCCCCAGGGAAGGAGAAGGAGCCCCUGGAGAAGCUGUAGCAGGUGGGGCUGCUGCUGCUGGAGACAGCGAGGACAACAUCAAGGAUGACAACCUCUUGCUCCACCUGGUCACCGGCAGGCUGAAGAUGACGUCACUUUGAUUCUGGCACCUUCUCCAAAGCCAGGCUCCACAGGGAAUUUGCAGAUGAGUCCACACACAGGGGAUGCUCCCAGAUUUGGGCAUUGCACAGCCUGGCCGGGAACAGAAGGUUCCCCUUUUGCUGGGAUCCUUCAGUUGGCUGCCCAGCUGCUUUUGGCAGGGCUCGGGGCAUGGGCUGGGGUGGGUACGAAAUGGGAGUGGGCUCCUGGCCCUGCCAACAGCCCCCACAACCCACCGUGCCCCGGGCUGGGGCUGGGGCUGGGGCAGCCAGCCCGACACAAACCAACCUUCAUGGUGGGAGCAGAGGUGGGACUCCAGAACCUGUGCAGGGGCUGCUUUGCUUUGCAGGCAAGGAAGGGCUUGGGCUGCUCCCCUGCCCUUGUUUGCUUUGGGAUCACUCUUAUUUUGGGGGGCAGUGCAGGGGAAGGGAGAAAGCCUGGGCUUCCUUCACCCGUGGGUGGGUUUUUCCCUGGCAUGCAGGGGUUGGGCCUUCCUCAAGCCCCUGACAGAGAUAUGAUUUUUGACCUUUUUUCUUGUUUCCCCUUUUUGUCUGUAAUCUACUUUCAAUAAUUUGUUGUGUGUUUUUCUAGAGGAAGCAUUCUAGGUGGGGUCCAGUCUGGAUGGGGAAGUGCUUGGGAGCAGCUGCGGCGUGGAUGGGCCGUGCCCUUGGAGAAGGCUGAGGACAUCGUUUGGGACCAGCUUUUCUUCCAGCGGUGGAUGGCGUCAGAUCCCUCCUCUUCAGGAACUGGGCCACACAAAGCAGCGUUUCCUGAGAAGCCUGGAGAGCAGCAGAGACGCGGAGAU